GCAGCAUCAGUAUCUCGCAGAAAGGCAGGUGUAAUGGCGCACGUAUUAAAAUGGGGCGCUAUGCUGAUGCUGAUUGUCACGUGUGUAGUGACAAUGGACACACAACGAUCAAGAGUUAAACGCGAGAACGACAUAGAGUUAUCUCGGGACAAGCGUGCGGACGACACGGAGUUAUCUCGGGAUAAGCGUGAGGACGAAACAGAGUUUUCUCGGGACAAGCGUGAGGACGACACGGAGUUAUCCCGGAAAAAGCGUCAAGAGUUGGUCUCGAGCAGUACAAUGACAAGCAGUAGCACGAGCACUAUGACAAUUGAAGUGCAGGGCGGGACAAUAACACAAACACUUUUGACGGCAAUUAAAGCUGGAACUUUAGCCCUCAACCAGGAUAUAAAACAAAAUCAUGACUUUGUCAUUUCAGGUGUAGACUCGGAUGACUCGCAGGUGUACUCACAUCAAUUGGACAUGUUCGCAGCGCCCUCACCUGUUUCGGGGGCUAUCAACAAAUGUGCUUACCUCGAACUGUUGUUGGUCCAGGAGAUCCAGAGGAUCACCCACACAAACGUUGAUCAGUUAUUGUACAACAGUAGCUGGCAGGCUGCGUUGAAAGCACUGUUAGCUAAGUACUGCGCUACGCAGCCUCCUCUGGUAUGUGAUGCCAACUCGAGAUUUCGAACCAUUGACGGAUCAUGUAAUAACUUAAAAAAACCAAAAUGGGGCAUGGCCUUUAGGGUGCAGAGGCGCUACCGUCGGCCUGCUUAUCAAAACGGUAUUGACAGUCCGCGGACAAAGUCUGUCUUGAGUCACGACCUGCCAAGCCCACGUGUGAUCAGUAACCGCGUGUUCAAUGCAGGUUUGGCGUCGAGACUCUCCCCAGAUGUCACAUCUAUGCAUAUGUCAUUCGGCCAGUUUCUUGACCAUGACCUUGUCUUCACUCCGGUCAUCAAAGGUGAGGGUGGAGCAGGAAUCAGCUGUUGCCUCUCCACGGCCACAUCAUCCAGACCCGAGUGCUUUCCUAUCUUCGUGCCUCAGGAUGAUCCCCACAUCAAAGAGUCCUGCAUGAACUUUGUCAGAUCCUCCGCUGCUGUCGAUGACAAUUUGAGAGGGUACCGGGGCCAGCUGAAUGAAGUGACGUCAUACGUGGAUGCAUCCAAUGUAUAUGGGUCAACCAAAAUGAAAAUGACGGAGCUCCGAGACAACGUGAACAAACAAGGUUUGUUGAAGGUGGACAUUUACAAUCGACUGCCGGUCGGUAAAGGGCCAUGCUUCAAAGACGUGAAGGAAGACUACUGUCAGAACGCAGGUGACAAGCGGGUGAAUGUAAUUCCAAAUUUGUCCGCCGUUCAUCUGCUGUGGGUGAGGGAACACAACCGCGUGGUUAAGAUUCUCGCCAAACACAACCCGACCUGGGACGACGACAGGCUCUUCUAUGAGGGUAGGAAGAUCAUCAUCGCCAUGAUGCAACAUAUCGUAUAUAACGAGUACCUACCAGUCAUCUUAAACAAGGCGUACCUAAAGGCAUUUAAAUUGGAAUUACGCACUUCCGGUUAUAGUUACUUAUACAAAGACACCGCAGAUGCAACUGUUGCCAAUGUGUUCGGCGCCGCCGCUUUCCGUUUCGGCCAUUCUCAGAUAACCAACAUACAGUCGCAGUACAGUCCAUCUCAUGUUCCCACUAAAACAGUUGCCAUUGAAUCAACCUUCCAUAGACCACAUCUGUGUGAAGAGAACAAGGGCAAGGGCUAUGAGGGCGUGCUCCUCUGGCUCAGCAACGCCAAGUCCUCAAAAGUCGACAGGUUUAUUGAGGCAGGUGUUCGAAAUAAGCUUUUCCCUGACAAGCUUGGCCGCACUAUGGACCUUUCUGCCAUCAAUAUCAACAGAGGAAGGGACCAUGGUCUGCCGUCUUACAACGUUUGGCGACAGUGGUGCGGCUUGUCAAAGGCCAACACUUUCCAGGCUGGCGUCUCCGGGGGUUUAUUACAUCACUCCAGAGACGCUGCCGCGGCGCUAAAAAGCGUCUAUAGCCACACCGAUGACAUAGACUUGUAUGCUGGCGCCAUGUCAGAGAACUCGAUUCGGGAAGGAAUUAUCGGUCCCACCUUUGCCUGUAUCAUCGCAUAUCAGUACCAGCAACUGAAAGUAGGAGACCGAUAUUGGUACGAAAACAACAUAGGCUCACUUGGACUGAAUUCAGUCCAGCUUGCCGAGAUCAGGAAGGCUAGUCUCUCCAAAAUGAUAUGUAACAACAUAGAAGUCAGCAAGAUGCAGCCUUUGGCAUUCAGGACUGUCUGUUCAAAGAAUGCUCGUGUAAGCUGUUCCUCGUUACCGGAUGUUAACUUAGCAUUCUGGAAAACGGACGGAUACUAGAAUUGUUCUAUGACUCCUGGGUGAUGAUCUCGAUGAAAUCCUGACAAUCUUCCUAUUCGUGAUACUGAAUAACAUAGAGUGCUUAAACUUCUACAGAUUUGUCUUGUCUUCACAUAUUUACUGUCCUCCGUUAAAUUUGUCCGCUGUGUCUACUUUUGUUGGUUUAUAAUUUUCCUCUGGAAACGUGUAGCGUGCAUUACCGUUAGAGAUUAUGUAAUGUUUACUGUUUGAAGUCAACGAUAACAAAGUUUUUUUUCUAUUAGUACAACUUGCCAUUGGAAGGCCAUAUCUGACACAAAGAUUUCUGAGCGAGUGGGGGCUGGCUAUUGUAUAGCCAUACUCGUACUAGUGACUUGCCAAAUGUAACAAAAUAUACCAGAUUUAAAUGGAGUCAUAUUAAACUUUUGAAAAACAAACAAAGGAGGAGGAUAUCAAUACCAUUACAAACUGUUAUGAGUUGAGGAAUCUUUUAAUCCCAAAACUGUUUUCAAAGCCGUAUUGAUUUCAUUUGUGUUUUAUCAUGAGCUGCUAUCGUUGGCCUUUUUGGAGUGUAUGAAUCACAAUAGAUUUGACGAAUUACUAUAAAGAAAACUGUCUGUAGCAAAAUAUUCUUUAUAUCGCAAAAAAUGAAUUGGAAAUGUGUACAUUAUAUCAUUUACAAAAAAUAUAUAUUACUAUAACUGACGAUGGUUUGUAAAAAGUCCGUUGCGAUGAACGGAGCAUCGAGCGUGUCUUGUCACUGUAGAUUGACUAAUAGAAAUGUCUUAUGCAACCAAUUAAAAGCCUUGACUAAUGUUGUGGUGCUAUAAUUAUCCAUCACUGGCAUGACUGAAUAAGAAAUAUAUGAGGGAAUUUUAAUUGGUUGGACUUAAGUUAUAUGAGGAGCGUUAACAUCUGCACUAUUACCUAUCAAUAUCACCGGCAAUAUGCAUUGGUUUAAGAAGGAAAACAGUCCUGUAUGAAUUGAAGUUGUCAGUGUACACUGCAGUACGAAGUUUAUACCAAGAGGAAGCCUGCAAUCCUAGUACCAAUAAAGUACGUGACUUAAAACAAACAGGAAGUCACUUACAGUGGUACUAUUGCUGUUGUCUGAAGAGAGCGCCCUCUGGCAGCAAUCUAUAUAACACAUCAGUAACAAUGUUUAGCAACUACAACAAUCAGGAACAAUGACGUCAUAAUACUCGUGCAACAAGCCAAUCACGAUCCAGGAUGUAUCGCGUUGUUUACAUGUACCAGUAUUGAUACUGGACUGGCGAUAUAUAGUAAUUGGACUUUACAGUGAUGCUAUAUUUGAUUUUUGAAUCCGAAAUACAUUAUUGUUUUUAAUACUUAGGUACCAUGAACAAUGCCAUCGAGGAUUUUUUCUCCGGAUUUUAACGUAAAUAACCGUGAUAAAUAUUAAUUGUUUUGUAAAUUGUUCUUGUUACAUUAUUUCACUGUUUUAUUUUGUUUUUGUUAUUGAUUUCAUUUCCAAAAUUAAAGUUUAGACAAAUAAUAAAU